CCAGAAACAUAUUUUGACGAGGAAGCAAUCAUGGGUUUAGGAAGUUUUCACAUCAAGGUGAAUGGAGCAGAAUGCGGUGCUGAAGCGAUAAUGCUCGGUGUGGUGACCAGCAUUGGAGGUUUCCUCUUUGGCUACGAUACUGGACAAAUCUCCGGUAUGCUCUUGUUCGACGAUUUUAUCAAUCGGUUCGGUCAAACACAACCAGAUGGCACCAAAAAGUUCGAAACUAUCAUCUCUUCUUUGGUCGUCUCGUUGAUGUCCAUCGGAACGCUCAUCGGAGCACUAUCUGGUGCCUACACUGCCGACUGGUGGGGACGCCGCCGAAGUAUGAGUUUUGGUGUCGCUAUCUUCAUCAUUGGAAACAUCAUCCAAAUCACCGCCAUGAACUCCUGGGUACAUAUGAUGAUGGGUCGAUUCGUUGCAGGUCUGGGUGUCGGCAAUCUUUCUGUCGGCGUGCCUAUGUUUCAAUCAGAAUGCUGCCCCCGUGAAAUCCGUGGAGCAGUCGUGGCCAGCUACCAGCUCAUGAUCACUAUCGGAAUUCUCGUCUCUAACGGUAUCAACUUCGGCGUUCGAUCGUUCGAUGAAAAUUCCGCUUCAUGGCGGAUCGUUAUCGGCCUGGGAAUCGCUUUCUCUCUGCCUUUGGGAAUCGGUAUCUUGUUCAGCCCAGAGUCACCCCGAUGGCUAGCCGGACGAGGACAAUGGGAUGAUGCACGCAUGUCGCUUGCCCGCCUUCGUGGCAUGAAACAUGAUCCGGAUAACCAGUUGAUCUUGGAAGAUUUCAAAGAGAUGCAGGAGUCUAUCGAGGAACAGAAGUCAGCAGGAGAGGGAAGCUGGGCUGAGUGCUUUACUGGACGACCAUCAGGUAUUCCCAAGCUGGUGUACCGAACAUUCCUCGGUAUUUUCAUCCACUUUUUCCAGCAGUGGACUGGUGUCAAUUACUUCUUCUACUAUGGCGCAACCAUUUUUGAGUCUGCCGGUAUCAAGGAUCCCAUCAUGGUGCAACUUAUUCUUGGUGCAGUAAACGUGGUUAUGACCUUCCCUGGACUUUACAUUGUCGAGCGCCUUGGUCGCAGAAUCCCUUUGAUCUUCGGAGCAUUCUGGCAAGCAUCAUGGCUUCUUAUUUUCGCUGCCGUCGGAGUCGCGAGACCACCUACCGAAUACGCAAGCUCUGGUAUUGUCAUGAUUGUAGCUGCGUGCAUGUUCAUCGCCUCCUUCGCCAUGACUUGGGGUCCAUUCGCCUGGGUCGUCAUCGGCGAAACUUUCCCUCUCCGAACGCGUGCGAAGCAGGCUUCGCUUGCCACAGCCGGCAACUGGCUCGGAAACUUCCUUAUUGGUUUCCUUACGCCUUUUGCCAAUGACGGAAUCAGCUAUUCAUUUGGAUUCGUGUUCUUCGGCUGCAAUCUCACUGCCGGUCUCGUUGUGUACUUCUUCCUCUACGAAACCAAGUCGCUGUCACUCGAAAAUGUCGACGCAAUGUACUCCGAUCCCUCGGUCAAAGCCUUGACCAGUAAGAAGUGGGUUCCGGCUGGAUACAUUGAUCGCAACACGCGAGAUCACGCGGCCUUCCAAGGAAGGUCAUCGGCUUUGGACAACUCCUCAGCUGAAUACAAGGGCGAUAAGGACGGUGUCUAUGACACGCCAGUGCGGCAAUCUGAGCAACACGAGAAAGUUGUCGAUGAGCAGAAGAGAGUUUAGUUGUUGAGUUAUCGUCAAGGUCGAUAUCAUUUUAGUUGUCGAUUAGUUUUUCCACUGAACAUUUCUGUAUAUUAUUCAUUUCUUCUAACAAACGUAAUUCUUUCGCAUUAUAUCCCUCUUACAUUUGUAUUACGCUCUGCCGUUCAUAUUGUACUGAUUCAGUUCAAUCGUUCCAUCAUUACAUGUAUGUGAAUGUCUUCGCCUACUUUUUCGUGACGUCAUUCCACAGCAACUUUU